GCAGGGGGACACGGAUUCGGGAGGCAGCAGCUCCGCUGGGCAGGUGUGGGUAGCAUGGAGGCGCCCCUGCUGAAGAUGAUGGGGACCACGGGGGAGGUGAGCUCCAAGGUGAGCGCCGAGCUGGAGGUGAAGAAACUGCAGGAGCUGGUGAGGAAACUCGAGUGGCAGAACGAGCAGCUGAAGAGCCGGGCGAACGCCGCUACCGCUGCUGCCGCUGCUGCCGCUGCCGCCGCCGCCGCCGCCCCUCUGCAGGUCUACCUGGGCUCAGGCGGACGGCACCAGGCUCCCGCUGCCGCUCUACUCCACACGAUCCCGGGAUCGGCUCACCUCCACUGCCCGCCCCCCGGACCUGAGUCCCGGGCAGCCAGGCUGCUGCUGCUGGACGACAUCGACACCCUGGACCUGGACAACGGACGGUGCAGCGGCGACGAGGACAGCUGGUUGUAUAUUUCACCAAGAAGGCAGCCAACCAUGGAACAGAAAGCCAUGAACCCACUUGAAUGGUGUCGACAGGUGCUUGAUCAUCCAGGCCAUGAGAUUGAAGCAGCAAAACGAUCAUUGUGCUUUAGACUUGACCAAGCUAAUCGAUGGAAAAGUCUCUUUUCAAGUUCUUACUCUUCUGGCCUUCCAUGUAGUUCGUUUGCAGGGUAUAGACCAUAUACCAUUGGGUUUAGCUCUCAAAGCCUCUACAAACCUGUUACUAAACAAUUACUAAUCCCUGAAAGAACAGGAUAUGCAAGUAGAAAUCUUCCACUCAGCCCACAGUCAUCAAUUGACAGUGAACUGAGCACUUCUGAACUGGAUGACGAGUCCAUCUCCAUGGGUUACAAACUACAGGACUUGACAGAUGUCCAGAUAAUGGCAAGACUACAAGAGGAAAGUCUACGGCAAGAUUAUGCUUCCACUUCAACAACCAUCUCUCAGCGCAGUUCCAGUACAUCACUGUAUUCAAUAAAGCGGGGGACAGGCAGUGACCAGGAAUACGACUGCUGCAGUCUUGAAGACGAAGAAGAAUUUGACCAACUUCCGCCACAGCCUCGACUCACCCGAUGUUCCCCACCCUUGCGAAGUAUGCCGCAUUCACAGACUUUUUCCAGCAUCAGAGACUGCAGAAGAGGUCCAACGACUUCCUCCUAUUUGAAUUCGAGUGCUUAUCCAUCCUAUUACUCACAGGGUCACACAGCUGAGCAACACCAGUACCGAACAAGUGCAGAAAAACUCAGACGCAGCAUGCCAAACCUUGCACGUUCAUUCAGCGCCACCAGUUCCAGUUCACCCGACUCUUUUAAGAAUAGCAGAAGUUUUGAUUCAAACUUGCAGAAUGGAACAUCACGACUGCAGUCACCAGCAUGCCCUUCUGCCAAUAAACUUCAACACAGAGUCAACAAUGUCAGCCAUUUCCCGCUGUCGGUAAGGCAACCACCGAAAGCAACUGCAUACGUGAGUCCAACUGUCAGCAACACCAAUGGGAUCCACACAUCUGCCAGUUUGCAUUCCAUCUCAAGUUCUGGCAUACCCUUACCAAACAGACCUGGUACCACAGGGAUCCCAUGUCGGAGUGGCCUUCCCAGACCAACCUCCACCAUCGGGGGUAGCGGAAUACCCAGGAGCAAAUUAGCACAACCAGUCCGCAGUUUUCUUCAGCCUCCAAAGCCCCUUACUGCACUCAGUUCUCUCAAGGAUGGAAGCUGGAAGGAUGGGUGUUACUGAUACUCACUGCUACAGAAACUGUUGAGAGGUGAAGCAGCAGCUGCCACAUAUCGAUGCCCAGCUGGCUGGGUUUAGACACAUCACUUGAUGUUUGUAGCAACAGUUAAUUUCAGAGAAAAUGCAAAAGACAAGGCACGGCCCAGAAUUACAUGGGUUUUGCUAAUAAGGUGAAGAAAUACUACAUGAACUAAUGGUUGUGAUAUUGUGCAUUCAAACCCUGGCCCUGUGCAUUUAAAUUAUUUAAAAUUUGUAGAUGAAGAUUUAGUACAAAAUAUCUUUCAAUUAAAUUCACUUUUUUCAAUGCUCAUUUUAUGUUUCACAAUCAAUAUUGUGAUGAGCAUUUUCCCACAAGGGUUUCUUUUUAUGGAAUUUGAAUAAUAUCUGUGUUGAACUACAUUUGAACAAAACUGUUAACCCGUUGAGUUGACAUGACUUUGUUUUAAUUGUGCUGCAUGUUAUCACUUGCUAAACAAAAAAGUAAUACCGAAACUGCAGGCACUAAUGGUUUAAAUGAGGUUUAGAAGUUCCAUCUCCAUAAUGUGGAAAUAAAAUGUUUCCACAUUUCUUAUACGAUGGAUAAUCUGUAGAAACUGUUGGUUUAGGCUCCCUAAAUCAUGUGUAGACGUGGUGUCGAAGGACGAGAAGCCGAAGCAAAGAAGUGGAAGCCAAAUAACCAAAUGGAAACAAAUGCGAAAAGCCAACUAACCGAAAACAUACGAGGCCGAAAAGUCAUCUAACCGAAAGGGUGGGAUGCCUAAAUGCCAACUAACCGAAAGGGUGAGAUACCUAAAAGCAAACUCACCGAAAGGCCGCUAUGCCGAAAUGCCAACUCACCGAAAGGCUGCUCUGCCAAAAAGUGAAAUAAUGGACAUGAUAUCACCGGGGUGGGACUUGUCAGCGAUUGGUCCAGAUCCCUGCGCCCAUCACAUCACUGGCCGGUGG